ACAAAGCAACAUUUCGCUGACGAAAGCAAAUCACUGUCUUUCGUUUUUCUCACGUUCAAUUUUCCGUGUAGAUGGGAACAUAGUGAGACCAACAUGUAUUCUGAGUGGGCCUCACUGUAUCCGAUUAUUGCGGAAAAUAUUACCAACGCCCAAACGCAAAGCGUACUGGGAAAGUUCAGUAUCGUCGGUGGACGCGAUGUAGCAGCUGUUGUUAUUAAGCAAUUGGCCAGCACAUUGGGCAUCACCAACAAUGCAGAACCGAGCAAUCUGCACACGGACCAAGAGGUCCAAUGGUGUAUGGAUGUAAUAUGUCACGGAUUGUCGCUGCCCCUGUCGGAGCACGACAUCAUUAAAGAUGGGGUGAAUAUCUACUGCGAGUGGAUCAGUGCCGUGCUGCCGCAGACCAAGAUCAGUGUUCCACGCCCAAUCAUUGAUGAUCCGAACACAUACGUUCGGAAGAUAAUCAAACAUUUGUAUAAUCUUUUUGUGCCUCGUCCGGGAGAAGUCUGGCCUUUCAUUUACGAACAGGAACUAGGAACGGACACAAUAAAUCGACAGGCUGUGCUGUGCCAUCGUGUGUUGCGCACGUUACAGGACACGGCCCAAAAUUCGCAAAUACUCACGGUCGAAACGUGGGAAGCUUUGCUCCUGUUUCUGUUGGCUAUCAAUGAAAUUCUGCUGGCUCCACCGAUCGUCAAGGAUGACGUAGGGGAUCAGCUGUGCGAGCGUGUGCUGAGCGUCCUGUUCGAAGUUUGGCUUUUGGCGUGUAGCAGAUGCUUUCCAUCGCCGUCAUUAUGGAAAACUUUUCAGGAAUCAUGCGCUGCUUGGCGCCACCGUAUUGCUCUCGUUGAGCAGUGGAAUCGUGUAAAUUUGGGACUAACCGCCAAGCUGCUUGAGUUUACUUACGGUCCAGCAUUUCCAGAAAUGAAAAUUGCUGAAGAAGAUGCACAUCUGGUGCCGGAUGGUAUGACCAACGAUGGGAUCGCACAAGCUUGGAUUCGCUUUUUGAAGAUCCUCGGAGCACCGACGGAUCUUUGCUGUCCGCAGGUGAUCAGUCGUACACCACAAUUUGUACAAGCCGUCUUACUCAACGCGGACGGUAUCGAACCGCAACACCAUCCCUGUCUACUGAAUUUGCCCCAAAUUUUCCUCAAGACUUUAAAAGGAAUCGCGGGCUUGGUGGACGCGUUUCUCGGCAUAGCCCAAUUUAGAAUGGAUGAAAAUGCUCUCCUAGAAAACUUCAAUCAGCUGACAUUCACAAGCACUGGUGGUGGUGGUGGAAUGCAUUCCAGUAGUGGAUCCGUAAUUAGUUUUAGACACUCAGGAGGCGAGAUCAAAACAAGUGCCCUACGAGCUAGCGGAGGGCUUGGGGGACUCGGUCUCGGAGCUGCAUUAGGCGUUGUUGGGGCUGGCAGCAACAGUUCGAGUACCGGUCUUAACGCCGUUCCUGGUGGAGGUAGUAGUGGUGGUAGCGGUGGUGGUGGAACUGGUUGCAUAAACAGUGUUAAUGUUGUAGGAUGUAGCUCGAAUUCCGUUACUGCUUUGGUUCAAAACAGCGGCAAUGGGGGAAGUGCGCCCGGGGGUUUUGGUUUUUCGUACGAUGCAUCGCCAGCAAAUCAGGCUGAUAGUUCGGGAUUUUGCAAUGGCAAGUCAUCGUUACUCAUCGCUGACGCUAACGGAUCGGCAAACUCUCCAACGCCUCCGCUGCAACGCCGCUUGGCGAAGAGCUUUAGUGUCGCUCCGUCGCUACCGUCAGCGCAUGCCGUCAUCUCGAUGGCGUCUCAAGCUAAGGGCUUUACAAAAGGUUCAUUCAGUGGACUUACCAGCAGUCGAAGUUCGUCCAAUCACCCGAACAAUGCGCCACCAUCAACAUCCUUACCGUCAACUGGAUUUUCAUCCAUGCUCUCAUUGUGCCAAGAAAAUCGAUACCCGUUGGCAGCAAACCGUCCCAGGUGCAAUAGCAUUUUGCACCUCUUCGGUGAAUGGCUUUUUGAUGCGGCUCACAUAGGAGGAGACACAUGGAUGCAAAAUACCAAAAAGCGUGCGGCUGAAGCAAAACGGCGCCCUUCCUCGAUGAUCAUGGACAAUCGUAAGGGCAGCUUGUCACAGCCACCUUCCCUAUCCGAGGUAAACGAUGUGGCGCCGGGCCUCACGAUCGACAAAUACGAGUCAGGGAAGGCAGAAGCACUUGGCGCUCUGUGUCGCAUAUUCUGUGCCAAGAAAACGGGUGAAGAAAUUCUUCCCGUGUAUUUGGCUCGCUUUUAUAUGGCCCUUCAUCAAGGUCUAAAAACGAACGAUAACCGGGAGUGUAUGGAAACGCUUGCCAGCAUCCUAUACAACUCUUCGGACCUGUUUCGCAUUGAUUUGGAAGGUAUUCAGGUGCUGUUGCCUUCAUUCAUUGGCGCCCUGGAGCAUAUAUUGCCCGAGAAGGAACUAAAGAUGCGAUCACAAAAUGUGAUCCUAAACAAAACUGAACUGCGGCGUGCAGCCAUCAACAUUCUGCUUUCCAUAUUGAUCCUUCCGCUUCAUUUCCAGACCCUCCCUAUACGCGAUAUUAUGGGUGGACCCAAUGAUAGAAGUAUCACCUUCAUUCACCUUAAACCGCGACUCAUAAAUAUUCUAAUGAACGCUUUGCAAGUGGAAACCGAUCCGCAAAACACACACAUGCUGCUAGGUGGCUUGCAUCUGUGUGUUCAGGAUGCUGUUACAUUUGAGGAGACAGAAAAAGGUCCCGCUGAAGUAUUGCAUUCGCUACAUCCCACUGCUGAAACAUCCAAUUUGCUCAGCUCGGCCUGCUCCGAGAAGAGUGCCUACUCCAUGAACAGCGCCAAUUCCAGCAUCGGUGGGCACAGUACCGCAACACUUAGCAAUGAACCUUCUAGUUUGCCGGCUUUUGAUGAUUUUUCAUCCGACAUUAUUCAUGAGUUAGAAUUGAGUUCAUCUGCAAUUUAUGAUAGCGCCCAUGCGUUGUUUGUGCGAGCAACGUAUCUCGUGUGUCACCGUUUGAUUUCGUCCUGGAAAACCGACCUCAACGUGUCCCUUGCUGCACUAGAACUGUUGACCGGUUUGGCAGGAAUGCAUGUAAAAGAUUCAGGUAAUUGUUUCUCAAUGAAAUGUGUAAUCGCAACCGAAACGCAACUGAAUGAUGCAAUAUUUUUUUUAGAUGUGCUGGAAUGUAAACGAGCUGUAAAGUGGAUUUGCGACUACAUUUGUUACCAAUGUUCAAGACCACCGCCAGCACAUAUCAAGGAUCUUCAUAGCACCAUCGUGGCGGCGUUUCAAUGUACCUCUGCCUGGUUGAUGAAUCAUCCGUACUUACUGCAGGAUAAAGAAUGCCUAACGAUCGUGCUGGAAGUUGUUGAGUUGGGUAUAUCAGGUUCAAAAAGUGUCGGCAAACCGGGCGAACCGGUCAAGUACAAGGACGAUAAGGAACUCAAACCGGCCAGUAUGCGAGUGCGUGAUGCGGCGGAGAACAUGCUUACAAUGAUACUGGAACAAAUCGAUUACUUUCCAAAUGAAUGUGGAAAGCAAUCACUUUCGUCGCUGCUAGACGAAGUGGUACUGGCAAAGCAUUCCAACACUUCUGGCGAGCAUGUGGGAGAGCUGCCCCAGGAGCAAGCAAUAAAAAAAUUUAAAUAUUUUGUAACGGAAAAUUCGACUGUGCUUGCGCUGUUUGAAGAACCGCUGGGCAACGACCAGGAUCCCCAGCCUACGGUUACAAUUCUUAUUCGUGGUCCUUUCGGUCGUCAUGCCUGGACCAUGCAGUUGCGUCAUUUGUCCCGCAGCAAAUCAGGCACAAAAUACCAUGCUCCCAACCCUGGACGACCUGUACCGAUGAACGAUAUUAUGAUGCGCCAAGAAGUGGAAUAUAAAUACUUUCCGGAUUCAGUCGAUCGUAUUCCUCCGUGUAUCGUGGACUAUUCCAUCCCGACAUUGGAUUCGGCAGAGCAAAAGAUUGGCAAUCAGUCCACCAAACAGCUUGCCCGAUUGGUUGAGCAGCAGGUUGGGUAUGAGAAGCUCUCGUGGGCUGAAACGGAAUGUUCCGUCGACGGAUUGGGGCAUGCGCAGGAAGCGUCACCACCAAGCGUCUGUCACGAGUUUCAAGCGGCGAGACUUUUCUUAUCUCACUUUGGUUUCCUAACGAUUGGUCAGAAUAAUGGUGCUGGCCAAAAGCUUGACGGCAGUGCUCCAUUGCUAACAACUCUUGAUUCGUCCAAACCGGAGUUUUGUCAAGAUUUGAAAAUGUUGGACAAAAUGUCCCCACGAUCCUGCGACACUAUAUACGUGUUCUAUGUGAAAGCCGGGCAGAGCACGGAAGCAGAGAUUAUCGGCAACAUGGAUCCUGAUAAUCUAUCGUCUAUUGAUGCUCAUUUCUGGAGGAUGCUGUACACGAUUGGAUGGCCAGUAACCGUUCAGGAGCACGCUGGCUGGACCGGUUUCAUCGGCAAUAGUUGGAAGAUUCCGCGUGAGCAUAAAUCAUGUCCGCAGCAAAAUGACGAGCAGAAGAAUGACCGCUCACCCGAGGAAUGGCAACUUAAUGGCGAGAAAACGGUACUGUACUGGGCAGACGUUUCCUCGGAAAUGGCAAUUGUGGUGCCGAACCGUAAUAACAAAGUAGACAUCACUGUGGACGAUGUCACCGAUUGCAAUAGUAGCCCGUCUACAACGUACGAGCGUAGCGUAAGUGAAAUACAACCACGAUCGUCCUCCAUCUCUUCCAAUCAACCACGCCAGUUCUCACUAGACAGCGAAUCUGCUCGCCUCGGUUCGAUAAGUAAAUCGGCCGAUCCAAUUCCGCCUAUGCGUCGCAGAACUGGGGUUUCCAAGCCCAGUACGCUUUACACUGCGCCAACGGCAAAGGUUUUGCUCGUUUGGUUGGAAAGCUUCGAGGAUCACCUAACGUUCCCGAUCGAUAGUCUGUUGCACUACACACGAGUGGGAUAUUCCGCCCAGCACGGUUCGGCAACAUCUACGACUUCUAGUGAAUGUUUUAUCAUAUACUUGCACGCACUGUCCUCUAGCUUACUGCGCGUCAAACUCCAAGGACCGGUAGGACGUAUGAACUUUGCAAUUCCCCUGAUAGAUGGAAUGGUCGUUAGUAAGCGAGUAAUUGGAUCGCUCAUUCGGCAAACCGCGUACAAUAUGGCAAAACGGAAACGUCUGGACAAUGAUUCGUAUCAACCUCCACACGUUCGGCGCCGAAUCAAGAUUCAAGAGAUCAUGCACAAGUACAAAAAAGAUCUGACCGAAGCAGAGAUGUUGGCUGACUUAUUCAAACCGUCAAUAUAA